AUGGCACCUGCUUUGUUAUAUACGUCGUUGUCUGCACUCAUCGAGGCACUACCACUAGCCCUAACAAGUGAACUGCACGCGCAAAGUCGCGAAGAAUGUUUUCAUCAAGAGGACGUGAUAUCCGCCGUUCUGCUGCAACUUCGUAGUCGUAUCAAUGCUCUAUCACCUCUCGACCGACUUCCCCCCGAGAUUUUGCUGAAUAUCUUUGAGCUCUUCGUCCACCCAUCGUGCAAUGACAGUGUUCUGCAUCUCAACUCCGACGAGCGAAUCAGCACUCCAGUUCGGACCCGGCAACUCCUCACGAUCACCCACGUAUGCCGAAGAUGGAGGGAGGUUUCUCUCAACACAGCGACACUAUGGACGCGCGCCGAUGACUUCAAGCCUGCUCAACUAGACGCCUUUUUAGAGCGUUCACGAGAUGCCGCUAUCUCCUUGCAUCUCCAGGCCGAACGUGCCGGCACCUUGACACGGUUCCUCGCCAAAUGUGGUCACCGACUGAAACAUCUCGAUAUCACAUUGCACACCGAUUCCCUCUCCCGUGUUCCCACUCUCCAGGCGUUUCGGGCGCCCAAUCUUCAGUCACUUACUCUCGUCUCGCAGGAAGACCUGGACGUGGAUCCCGGCGAUCCUGAGCCUGUAUUGUUCUGUGACCGCGUCUCCAGUCUGAGGGCAUUGGCAGUUGAUCCAGCCUACAUCUGCAUUCCAUCCAACGAAUUUCCUCAUCUCACCCACCUCUACUUGGCAAAGGUCUCUAGCCGCUUUCUCUCCCGAGACGUGCUGUCCAUUCUUCUCCAGCUUCUUUCGAAUACGCCCGCCCUCCAAUAUCUACACAUCGAAGGGCUCAGUCGCAAGGCUUCCAGCACUGUCGCUGCGCGUACCGCAUCACUUCGAAGCCUGCGUGGUCUCACGUGCGGUACAAGCGAUCUACAGUCCGCCCUAUGCCUCCUGAACAUCAUCGACAUCCCGGCAGACGUCGCAAUCCGCUUGGACCGCCUGGAGUGCUUCGCGCCGGACCACGUAUCGCUGGCCCAGCCCCUGCCAUGCCAAGCUCUUCUCGCUAGCUUCACGCGUUUGGAGGUCGCUACCGAGGGCGAGGAGCUGCACCUGGUCGCGGACGGCGCGCGUUCGGGACUCUGGAUACAGGUGCAAUGCGUCGGCGGCGACUGGGGCGAAUGGCUCGCGCGACUGUGCACCAUGUUCCCCCUGCCCUCCGUUACGACGCUCCAGGCCUCGGCCGUGGACAAACACGUCAUCCCCAGCCUCCUCAGGCAGCUGCCGCGUCUCACUACAGUUGCAGUCCACUUCAACGCGGGGCCACUGGACGAGGACGAUGAGGCGCCUCCGCACGAGCUCGCUAGCAGCCUCUACGCCUCACUCAACGUGGACCUGCCUCUCCUCGAGGUACUCGUACUUGGUGCCAAAGCCUCCCGCCCAGACAAGCUGUCACCCGCCGAUCUGAUCUCGAUGGCUGCUGGGCGGCUCGGGAAGGGCAGGCCGCUGCAGCAACUGGUCGUCGACCUCUUGGACUUCUGGCCCGACAUGGGCGUGCGGGGCCCUGUGUCUCCUGAUAUCGACCUCUUCCGGGCGGCCUUCGCUCCUGCGGCAGAUUUUGUGGGAGACUUGCAACUGCUUGAGCACGCAGGCGCGUGCGAAUUCGAGAUGGGAGGGAUGUGGACGAUCCCGGAAGCGGAGCGGUACUGGCGGAUCCCGGCUGACGAGACCCCGUGCUAUCGGCUUUUCUGGUAA